AAACAUGUUCAAACUUGUCACUGAUGAGUAAUUUUGUUAUUUGAAUUUUGAAAAGUUUAAUGCUAAGUUUAGAAUUCAUGCAAGUGUUACAGAGUUGAAUUAAUAAAGUUUCUGGUGGAUUUAGUGGUAAAUCAAUAAAAAUAGAGCAACUAUCGUGUUUCAAGUCCCAACUCCCAACACUUUCAAUAAUCUACAGUCUACCGGUUGUUUUGGUACGAAAAAUUGUGAACUGCAGUGAUAAAUAAAGCAAUGGCUUCAAAAGUGGAUCAAGCUACAAUAGUAAUUUUAGAUGUCGGUAAAAACGUCAGCAAACGUGAAAAUGAAAAAGAGAAUGAGACUUUCUUCGAUAAAGCCAAACUAUGCACCCGUCGUAUCAUAGAACGAAAAAUUAUAAGCCAAGGUAAAAACUUACUUGCUAUAGUUCUAUUGGGUAGUAAAAAAACUGAUAAUACUUUAGCUGCAGACUCUGAAGGGAGUUUUCGUCACAUAGACUUAUCAGUACCGCUACAAGAACCAACAUGGCAAAUGAUACGAGAUUUGCCUGAAUCGCCCUCAAAAUCAAAAGGCAACUGGUUUGACUCUCUCAUUGUGGCUGCUGAUCAUUUCAAAAAUGGAAUUAGUGGUCUCAAGAUACUAAACAAGAAAAUAAUUCUUCUCACAAACUUUGAAGCACCAUCACACUUGGAAUCUGAGGAAGAAAUUCAACAGGUCUUAAGUGGAUUUAAAGAGGAGGGGUACGAGGUUGAUGUCAUUGGUCCUGAUUUAUAUCCUGAGAAUGAUAAAAAUCUUGACAUAGCCUUAGCUCGGCAAUUUGUUGAAGGCACCAACGGAGCAACUGCUACCUUCGAAUACACUAUGCGUUACCUAGCAUUCCACAGAAAGAAAGCUGUUAACCCAAUGCCUUGGAAUGUGGAUUUGACAAUAGGACCUAAUAUUAAUAUCCCUGUGUCUGUUUACUUAAAAAUUAAAACAGAACCCGUUGUCAAAAGAUGGUCCAAAGCUAUAAAGGAUCCUGUGUCUAAUUCAGCAAGCUCAUCUGAAGCUAUUGCCAGAACUAAAGUGCACAUAAGUAACGAGGAUCACUCCGUUGUGGACAGCAGUUUAGUCAUCAAAGGUUACCUGUAUGGACAGCAAUGCAUUCCUUUUGCUGACAGUGAGAAAACUCUGCUCUACCAAUCUGGACCAAAAUCUCUUUCGGUUUAUGGGUUCACUAGCUAUGACAAUGUAUCUUGGCAAGUAUUGAACGGCGAAGGAAUAUCAUACAUAUUUGGAAGAAAGAAUGACAAGAAAGCCCAGAAAGCCAUUACAUGCUUGGCCCAAUGUCUCUCUGAGUUGAAUAUGGUCGGGAUUGUAAGAAGAGUUUACAAUAAUGGAAAUGCACCCCGAAUGUAUGCUCUGAUGCCCAUUAUAGAUAGUGAUAAUUUAUUCUGUUUGUCAUUAGUGGGCAUAUGCUUUAAAGAGGAUUUAAAGAGCAUGACCUUCCCACAGACAAAUUUGAAAAAGUUUGAGUGUUCUGAAAAGCAGGUGGAUGCAUUUAAGGAUUUAAUUAAAGCAAUGGAUCUGAUGAAAGCCUAUGAAGCAACUGAAUAUGAUGACACAGAAGCUUUUCCUGUUGCCAAUACAUUCAGCCCCACUGCCCAGUAUAUCUUAGACUGCAUAACAUUCAGAGCUAUGAACCCAGGCAAACCUCUGCCCAAACCAAGGGAAGAUGUCCAAUUGCUACUGCAAGUGCCACCUCUGAUUCAAAAGAGGUCUAAAGAGGCUUUAGACAACAUAAAAGAACUAUUUACAUUGAAUAAAAUUGAAAUUGUCAAAAGAAAUAAGAAGACCACAAAUGGAGCUCAAUAUGAUACAACUAGCGAUGAAAUUAAAGAAGAGCUUGAUGAUAUGCCUAAAAUAAAUCUAGGCAGUGUCAUAAAAGACAACAAAACUCUGAAAGUUGGUACUCUAGACCCCAUAAGAGAUUAUGAAAAUAUUAAAAUUGAAGGGACUUCCCAGAAGGACCUAGCUUGUCAAAUGUCCGAGGCAAUUGAAAGCAUGAUUCUUAAUAACAUAGAUGGGGACUACACAAAAGCAUUGAAUGCUAUGGAACACUUCAGAGGGGACUGUGUUAAAAAUGACCCAGAUAAUUAUAAUAAUUGGCUGAAAAAUCUAAAGUAUAAACUCACAGAUCUGAAAAAACAAAAUGUUGUGGACAUGAUUAGUUCCAAAGGAUUGAACUUGAUUUUGGAAUCUGAAAAUAGCCUGAGUAAACUAAAAUCUACAGAAGAUAGUGAAAUGUAUGAAUAUGAUACAGAACCGCAGCUUACUGGUGUGAAUAUAAGUUCAGAAAUCAACGAUAUAUUUGAUAAUAUGUAGUAUAACUAACAUGACCAUUUAUUUUUUGUCAGAGCCGGACAUUGACAGAUUUACUCCCCCCUCCCCCAAAUCGUUUAACUGUAACGCCAUUUUGCGAAAUUUUUUCAAUUUCUAAUUACUCAUUAAAAAUCAUCACAAAAAAUGGUUUAUGUUUACACUUGAAAUAUCGGCCCACACUAAUGUGUUAGCGGCUUUUUAUUUGCAUAUCUGUUUUAUUGUUUACGUUGUAAAAAAUGUAACAAUGAGA